AUGGCUUUACCUCUCACCCCACCUUACACUCCCUUGACGGACUCUUCGUCACCCAUCCUCACUUCCAAAGUCCAAUUCCCUGUUCAUCCUAAUGCCAUCGCAGCCAAAGCAUUGCUCACACCACCUCAGACGCCUGAGCUGGAUUACCGAACAAGUGAGGAACAAGGUAGAAAACUUAGUGAUAAUGAGAUAUCGUAUUAUCUUCCUUCGAGAGGGGACGGGGUGAAUGACAUGUAUGUCCACCAUACACUACUCGCUUCAUCUUCACGGAUGUCACCUUCGAGAAUCUUACAUAUCUGGGCGUACCAACUCCUCUUACACCCAUUAUUAUCUUCUACCGUCAAGUUCGAAGAUUACGAAGAUAUAUCCUUCGUCCCUUCCAGACCUAGAAACACUAUCGAAGCUUUAUCGAUUGCUUCUGAUCGAUUCUCGUACUUGAAUGAUCAAAGGGAUAUAAUCGAUACGUAUCUCAACGGUCCUAGGACGUUAUCAAAUGACAGGCUGGGCUAUCUCGUCGUUAAAGCUCCUACAACAUCCAUCUCUGCACAGGAAAAGGGGGAAUACGAGAUUAUGUUAUGUGCUACGCAUUACUUGGGAGAUGGAAUGGCUUUACAUAGCUUUAUGAAUGAAUUUUACACUCUCCUGGGAACCGAUCUCACCACUCAAGAUAUUUCAAAGAAGAUUAAUGAGAGGUUCAUUUCGGAGGAAAUUGUGGAGAUACCGCAAAGUCUGGAAGAUCGAUUACCUCCCUGCAAGAGUAAAUUAGCAAGUGCCGUAGGGAAAGAAGAACUCAAAAGGUCUGAUUCCAAAUUAAUCGGUGGACAAUCUUUCGGAUCACCCAAAGAGAAACUGCAGCGACACACGAUCGUACCUACCAUAUCGUACGAUAAGGAUAAGACGAAAGUGAUUUUGGGUAAUUGUAAGAAGAAUGGAGUGACUAUUGCCCAUGCGGUCUUUGCACUUUGUAAUUUAGCAUGGGCCAGGAGAACUGAGAGUGAUAGAAUCGAUCCUUGUUUGAUAUACUCCGCAUUGAAUUUACGUCCUAACAUGCUUCCUUCUUCGUCAACCGCCAAAGAGAGUUUCUUCCAUUUGGCCGUAGGAUACUUCAAUAUCGUCUUACCCACCCUCAUACCAUCUACUAUCUCCACCGAAGAGCUAUUCUGGCACAGAGCAAGAAUGACCAAGCAGCAAACUAUCAAAGCUGUCAAAUCCCCUUUCGUAGUUAGCAGAAGUCAAAAUACCUCUAUCGUGAGGAAAGAGAGGGCAGUCAAAUGGGCAAAAAUCGAUGAUGAGGAAGAGAUGAAAGCUAGAUCAAACCCUGGUUUGGGAUUAGGUCUAGAUGUGGAAGUCACUCAUUCUGCAAUACAAUCAUCGCAACAGAAGAAGACACCUCAGGCUUUGCAGCUACCCACCCCGGACAAUACCCCUGUCAUCCCCGAGGAACGAAAGGUAUCGCAGAAAGCUCUAAUGGGAUUAUCGAUGUUGGGAAAUCUAGAUGGGAUGUACAGACAUUCCGAAUUCCCUUCGAUCCAAUUGACAAGCUUGACUACUGGUUCGAGACAGCGUCAAAGUGGUUUGCUACUGUUUGCAUAUACUUUUGCUGGUAAAUUGUGGUUCUCCUUGGGUUAUGAUAAGAACGGUUUCCCUGCUGGUGUAGUCGAGGGUUUCUGGGACGAAGUGAAAACCCUGAUCGAAGAGGUUUUGGUGUAA